GACUACGAGACGCUCUUGUUUGGGCUUAAUGCUGUCAUGGGCCGGAUCCUCUUUUUUAGGCCCGGCCCAUCGAGAGGCCCAGUAGGUGGCCAUGUAACAAAAUACUGAAUAAGAAAAGGAUAAGAAAAGGUCUUGUCUCGUGCAAGCAAAUGGAGCUGAAAUCAUGGCUUUCAAAUCAAUCCCACCGAUAUUUUCUCAAAUUUGUCUGCCCCUUCUAUAAUUUAAUUUGUAGGAGCCAAGAGGCAAUCAUUCAAGGCUGAAUUAUUGGUGCUGCUGACAUCACACAUGAAGGGCCAUACACGAUUAGGAUAAGAUAUCCAACGAGACUCAUUAGUCAUUUCUUCACAUUGUGGGCUAAGGCCAAAUAAUCAUUUUGUACUUCCAUUAAAGAAAAUGUAGUUAGGAAUUAGGAAUCGAAGAUCGAAUCUCCAGCAGUCCAGCCUGCAAAUCAGUUGUUUUACCAUUGAUUUAUUUCCACCCCAAUACGUGUAAUACGGAUUAAAAGUUAAUUGUUAUACGAUUUGUGUGUAUCUUAUUCAGGUUGGAUUGAAAUCGUACUUCGUUCCAAUAAGUAAGUAAAAAAAAAAAAAUGAAGUAAACAAGUGGGAACUCUCUGCUAAUCAGUUAGUUGCCUCAAUAUUUUACCAAAUAAAACAAAUUAUCCAAAAUUGAAUCAUGCUGACGGGAUACUACUGGUUAAAAUUGUGAACACUUAUAGGUAGCCACCGAGGAAGAAACAAAGCUGCUGUCAAUAUAUCAGUGUUAGUUGGAAAUCAGGUUUGUUUUACAUCAACAACUGUUCUUUCUGAUUUGUAGUUCUGCAAGAUAAAAGUUAAGAACUUGGGAAAAAUCAUGAUGCGAGAACUCCUUUGGAUUUUGAGAAACGAUAGAUUAGUCGAUCAAUCAUUCGUUCCUUCCGGAAUUGGGGUACAGUACAAAUGAACAGAAUGAUUGCAGCAUUGGAAAGGGAAGGAAAUGUUAAGAAAAUGGUUGUAGCUAUCGAAUAUCACCAGCUGCAGGGGAUCUCUCUCAGGUAAUUUUGUCCAGAGCCUAUUUUGUCAAUGCCGUGGGAAUAAGGCACAGCUUUGCAGGUAAAAAGCAACGGCCCUUAUUUUCAUGGAAUAAAGCGGCCGGAGCUUGCCUGCCUCACCACUCGCCACCUUUCUCCAGUGUCUAUACUUUAUAUUCUUCUCCCCUCUUCCUUUCCUUCUUCCUUUUCCAUUCCAUUCAUCAUCUUCCCAGACCAGCAAAUCAACAACUUACUCCCUUAAACCUUGCUUCUUUUCCUACUUCCUGCUGAUUUCAGGCUCGAGGGGCCUCCUGAUAAGAAGUUCAUCGUGGAAUGUCUAAUGUGGUGGAGCUGAAAGUGGGUCUGCACUGUGACGAAUGCAUCAAGAAGAUCCUCAAGGCCAUCAAGAAGAUCAAAGAUAUCGAAACAUACAAUGUCGAUACACAGCUGAACAAGGUCACGGUGACAGGAAACGUGACUACCGAACAGGUAAUCAAAGUGAUCCACAAGAUUGGCAAGACCGCCACCAAUUGGGACGACCAAGAAGGCCAGCUCCAACAGCAGUUCUAAUUUUCUAAGAACCCUGCAAUCUGAACACCAACCAGUACUUCUCUGUAGCCCUGGAAAUGAUUGUCGUUCUAAUUUCCCUGCCUCGAUUUUGUACUGAUCAUGAAUGAAGUAUAGCAGAUGAAUGGUUCAUUGAGAUUUGUAGAAACGGUAACAAAGUUCUGUUCUUUCA